AUGUCUUUCGACAGGCUAAACUCGUUGGAGGCCCAGCCUACCACUAUGCGCAGGGAUGAAGACCCGCAGUACCGUGAUGAUCCGGACUUCGACCAUCUGGCCGAGCAACUCUCAGAUCAGUUAUUUACAUUGACAUCAAAUAUCUCUCGCCUAUCCAACCAAAUUGCCCUUCUUGGAACCAAACGAGAUACAGAGCGCGUGCGUGAACGAGUUCAUAAUCUGCUCGAAGAAACCCGUACAGGGUUUAGGGAUGUAGGAGAAGGGAUUAAACAAAUCCAGACAUGGGAGGACGUCAAUCCCUCCCAGAAAUGGACACAGCAAAAGCUGUCGUCCGAAUUCAAAGCAACCUUAGAUGAAUUCCAAACUAUUCAGCGCCGUGCACUCGAGAAACAGCGCGCUUCUGCAGUUGCUGCACGUACAGCAUUUGAAGAAGGCGAGCACCCAUCGUCCGAAAAUGAUGUCCAAUUACAGGAGCAGAUAUUGGAGGAGCAACACCGUAUGGCCAACCAGGGCGAGGUGGACUUCCAAGAAUCCUUAAUCAUCGAGCGUGAGGCAGAGAUCCGGAACAUUGAACAAAGUGUGGGAGAACUGAACGAGCUCUUUCGCGAUGUUGCGCACAUCGUUACUGAACAAGGAGGGCAGUUGGAUAUCAUCAGCGAGAAUGUCCAAAAUGUUACCCAGGAUACACGAGGAGCCAAUGUCGAGUUGCGCAGUGCCAGCAGAUACCAGAAGAAUGCGCGCAACAGAGCCUGUUGUCUCUUUGUAAUUCUUGCUGUUAUCCUUGCUAUCAUCGUGCUUGCAAUUGUCCUCGGAUAG